AUGUGGUUUGCCCAGACCGAAGCCAUAUUCCAAGCAAAGCACAUUCACUCUCAGACUGCGCGUUACACGUACAUUGUCAAGAAGCUGCAACCAGAGAUCACUGCUGACGUGCUGGACCUUUUGGAAGCCGUUCUCACUCAUAGCCCCUUUGAUAUACAAAAGGAAGCCAUCAUCUACCAUACUGGGAAAUUGCAUGAGCGCAGGUUGCACGAUCUAUUUAAUACUAUACAGCUCGGAGAUAGCCGCCCGUCGCUUAGACAUAUGAAGAAUCUAUUAGGGAAGAACUCUAUGUCGGAAUCACUAUUCCACAAGCUUUGGCUGGAUAAGUUACCGCCACACACAUCACAGAUUCUGGCUACACUACACGAUGACUUGGAUCUCUCGAAGACUGCUGAGAUCGCUGACAAAAUUAAUGACGUAUCCACCAUCAGCAGCGUGGACUCCCCUGUACCCACUGAUGCUGCUAUGAUGGAUAUAAUAGAACAGCUGAAACAGCAACUCGAGAGGCUUUCCACUCAAAGGUUAAUCGAUGAAGCCCUUCGAGGUUUACACCACUCAUUUGCCUACAUCGAUGAUCUACUAAUAGCAAGUGCCAACAUGGGCGACCACGCGCGUCACCGUCAGUUAUCUGACUCCACCACGAAGCUAUCUAACCGCAGAAUUAUAUCACAGCUAACAUCUACGGAAUUACGCAUCGCUGUGCCGCGUGAUAAUUCACUUCAAGAUAUUCUGGAUAAAUUUCCCUCAUUGAUACAGCCUUUUACCUAUACAGAGCCUGUCAAGCACAACACUGUACACAGGAUUCGAACUACCAAACAGCCUGUCUAUUCUAAACCUCGCCGUCUUGCACCGGACAAAUACGAGAUUGCCCGGGCCGAGUUCCAACACAUGCUCAACCUAGGGAUUAUUUGCCCCUCCUCGAGUCCAUAUGCCUCACCGCUUCACAUGGUCACUAAGGCCCAGCAGGGCGCCUGGAGACCGUGUGCAUAUAAGGACGCAGUUCAACGAGAGGGCGAGGUAAUUCAGAUGCAGCUGGCUGAGUUUUUCACGGACGCAAUCGAAAACUCGUUCGUGAGAGAGGACACAGCCAGGGCAUACCCAACCACUCUGACGGAGGCAUUCAAUGCAGCACAACAGAGCCUCAGGCUGCACGAAAGGCUGGCAACCUCUCGGGAGCAAAUGUGGGGGGCGCGGGGGCAAGGUGAUGGAAGAUAUAUAGGGCCUCCCCAGAACGAUAGGGGACGGUGGAGGUACGGUGGGACGGAUCACCAUUGGGGAAACCAUACCCCGCAGAGGAGCUGGACAGAGUCACGCCCAGUUCCUGGCAGACCGGGAUGUUGGGGAUGUGGUCGGCUGGGGCACCUGAUGAGGGAAUGUCCUCGUCAGGAGGGGCCCUUACGUGCCAGAAAAGAAACCGAACGACAAUCGGGAAACGCGGAAGGGCCACCCCGAGGGAUGUAA